GCAGAUGCCCAUGGCACCACGAGUCUUGCUCCUCUGCCUGCUGGGCCUGGCAGUCACUGAAGGGCAUGGCCCGGAGGCAGCCAUCCCAGGCUGCCACUUGCACCCCUUCAAUGUGACAGUGCGCAGUGAUCGCCUUGGCACCUGCCAGGGCUCCCACGUGGCACAGGCCUGUGUAGGACACUGUGAGUCUAGUGCUUUCCCUUCCCGGUACUCUGUGCUGGUGGCCAGUGGCUAUCGGCACAACAUCACCUCUGCCUCCCAGUGCUGCACCAUCAGCAGCCUCAAAAAGGUGAGGGUGUGGCUGCAGUGCGUGGGGAACCAGCGUGGGGAGCUUGAGAUUUUUACUGCCAGGGCCUGCCAGUGUGAUAUGUGCCGUCUCUCCCGCUACUAGUCCCAGAAGGGCUCAGGCUCCAGUCCUGCCACUGACAUGUCAUGGGUCUCUCAAACUCAGGGCUCUGACCCUCUUUAUCGUCUGUGAAGAUGGGGUUGGCCCACUCAGCAGUCUCCUUGCUACGUUCUCCUUCUCUCCUGUCCUCAAUAAAACAAGCAAUGCUUGA